CAAAGAGCAGUGAAUAAUACUUGACGUGAAGGUGCGGUCGAUUCGAUUGCAACUUACAUGGAGUCGAGACGGUUGGUCAACAGUUCAAGCCCUUAUUUGAGAGGUUUAGUCACGAAGCCCGACAGAAGACAAAAAGGUGCUCGAAGAUGUCUUUCCAAUCUCGCGUUUGGUCGAUACUUUCUGCGAAAUUGGGACGGGGAGGAUGCCUCGAGGCGGAAUGAAUUCCGUGUGCAUUGCCCGUAUACACAAAACAAUGAGAGAAUACUGGUAGUGAGAGAGUGGCAGUAACACGGCCGUUUGGUGUUUGUGAUCGAUCAGUCGACAUAGCGGACGGGGGCAGAGUGCAGCAACCUAGGGUGAGCGUCUCGUCUCCAAGAGGGAGGACUCGUACUCAUUCAACCGUGGAACUCACCGUUGCGAUCGCAUGGAUAUACAUGUAGAUUAAAUUUGUAGAGGUCGACGAUAAACUUGGAUUUUUACAUAAACGGGAACAAAGUGACGGUAUGUUAUCAUAUUUCGCACGGCGACAUCCAGAUAAAUGACUCAGCUAUUAUGAUCCAGGAUUUCUAUAUUUAUCGUUGCGGGUAUGCACAUCCAUGAUACAAGGAUGAUACUGCUGCAUGCACGAGUAAUUGUUGGGAUGAUAUGAAAAGCUUCUGACGAUUGUGACGGACGAAAUUUAUGCGAUUUCAACGGUGAUUAGUGUCGGCGGACGAACAGGGAGUAAUCGGCCGGAAUGUGUGAGGAAAUCUCCCAUGACCUUUCAGCAAACGCAAAGCUCCGUGGUUAUAAUAAUACACGGGAGCCUAAGAAAUGCUGAUUUCAAAACUAACUAUAUCAUGGCCGAUUAGCUGGAUAUCUUCUCGUUAAUAUAACGCGAAGCUCAUCAAACACUGUGCAUAAUUAUGGAGGCUCGGUGCAUCUUGUUGAUUGGCAUUUGACAAUAAUUAUACAAGCGAGGAGUUACUUUGAAUAAGCCUGCAUUAACAACAUCACAAUAUUGUGGAAUGGAUGAAAUUGCUUUUGUUACUUGACUAACUAUUCACAGUUUAAAAAAGAUUGCAGAUGUAUGAUGAUGCUACAGGGCUCUAGUCUCAGUGACAGUCCCGUUGUCGACGGCCGGCAGAAAGACGUGUUUCUGCCUCCCCUCAAUGCCCAUCGGAGAUGCACAGGGACGAAUGACUGCGCAUCGGUCCAGGAUUCUGACGAGGCCACGGCGAGAAACACCCAAUUCUUGAGCACACGGUGGCGGGCCAAACCUAAGAAAGGCCAGAGCAGACUGGAGGUGAACCAAUCCUCCAUGUCGGACAGCUUCGUACUGCCACGAAUAAACGGCUCGUCGUCACAGAUCAGUACCGAACACCACGACCGAACGUCGCGGACGUCACUCAGCCUGCCGUCCAGAACCAGGGACACUUGCCUACCGCUGUCCAAGAGCUGCCCGGCCCUGAUGGGCAAUCCAAGGCGGCAGAUCUCGGGAGAGGAGUCGCCAAACUACGAGUACGGGUACGAUGAUGAGGACGAUUUUGAAGAGAGCGACAACUCGCGGGAUUUUAUAUCGGUGUCGUGUAACGCGGACCUGCUGACGAACGGCAGGAAACGGGACGGGAAGCACGGGUACAGCGACGCCUCCAAUUCGCAGGACGAUAUCACCGAUGGGGUCGUUCGCAAACUGUCCAAGCUGGAAUCGCCGCGGAGCAAGGCUAGUCAACACGGCUCACAUCAUCAUCGUAACCCGCACCAUCAACAUCACCAGCACUCCAAGACUAAAGAGGCGGACACAACCUUACCUGAUAUAUUCGUACCGAAUGGUGUGUCCUUUCGACUCCCCCCAAAUCAGGAUCACCCGCAGAAGACAACAACUCGUGGAAACAAGGAAUUACACAAGACUCGUCAACGAGAGGUAAAACGCCAAAGUUCAGAUGAGAGGACAAACGAACAGGAACGCAGAGUUCCUGAAAUAGGCCUGACCGGAUUGGCAGGUGACAACUCCUACGCCUUGGACCCGUCCCCCUGGCAGAAGUCGGGGGCGAUAGAGGCAGCAGACACGCCUCCAGCUGCCGACCCAGCAGGCAAACAGUCUCACCACUCCUAUCAUCAGUCCAGCAAAGGGAGCAAGAAGAAACGCAAAGAAAAGAAGCAGAGAUCUGUGGAGCAAGACAGGCCGCAUCUACUGCGAGACACUACACAGGCCGAUAUCAAGUGUAUGAACUGGUUGGCAGAGGGACAUCAGGAGGAAGGUGCUGAUCAGUUGUCAUCAUCUGCCGUCCUUCCCAAUGUGACAUAGAAAACACAAAGUUAAUAUAUUCUCUAGAAAGAAUGUACAUUGUAGUAUCAUGACACCAUUUUGGUGGUUGUGUGCACCAAGUCUAUUGUGAGUCGCGAUUUCUUCUGACAUUUGAAAAUGAGACUCGGUCUCAUUUUAUGAUAUUCACUGUUCAACGUACACAUGCAUUUGCAGUACUUGUAACUGCCCAUCUUUAUGCUAUAUGGAGAAAACAGUGGCGUUGGGUACUGCAUUCUACUUUAUUCUCGAAUGCUCGUUGCAACAGAUAACCAUGGGAAAAGUGUUGUGCCUCAAUCGAACUUAGUAAUACACUGCCGAAAGUUUUGUAGUAUCACUUGUAAAUGUUGGUUCUUUGUGGUCCAAUGUAGGGCAGUGCAUACAUUUCUGAUCAAAACUGAAGAUACAUUUAUAACAACACAAAUUGUUGCAUUCUCGUACAAAAAUGGUUUCUUUGUUGACACAGUUUCUACAUCAUGGGCAGACUUACGUUCAUACUGUGGCAAACGAUAAAUUAACAUACAGUCGACUCUCGUCAGUACAAACACAAAUUCUGCAAAGAGCAAACAUGAAACCUUGGUUCUAUCUGUGCAUUGAAUUCACAUUGAAUGGGACUGAUAUUCCUCUCCAUACAAAAUUCUGAUAAGAAAUUUGGCUAGGUCCAGCCCAAUUUGUAUUGACGAAAGUCGACUGUACAUUGAAAUGAUGUAAUUUCUCUUGAUUGAGUCAUUCGCAUUUGUCAUUUUUUUGGACAGUUCAGAAUGAUAACCUAUAUUGCACUUUCGCCAGAAUGCACCGGAUUCUGUUCAAUUGUCUUUUCUCUAAUUUGACAACCUCAGUAAAACGUGUGUGUUUUUCCAGAUCAUCAUCAUACGCAUGCUCUCUUUAUCGAGCUAUACAUAGAAUUUGGAUGUAUAUAAAAUCUAAAAUUAAUAUAUCAUGAUAGUUAUUCUUCCUACGUGUACAUGUAUUUUCUAAGAUGAUUAGUUUAUUUUCAGAUAAAGAAACAAAAAGGAGUAUAGAAAUCUGCACAUUUCAAUUUUGACGAUGGAAACUUUCCAAAUUCCUAAUAAUGUAACUCUUUAUUUUUUUGGGUGAACGACGUAAAGGCGUGUGAGUCGUAAUAUGUAUGUGUGUUUUUUAUCAGAUUUUGAAAUUUGCAGAAUCUCUUACCAAAAUUGUUAAAGCUUAAAACUGACAUGCAGCAACUCAGUCUGUGUAGUUUAACACAUCAAAUGUCUUAUCGUUCAAAAUCGAAAUCACGAGUCACGGUAGCCUUUUGUUUAAAAAAAAAUGCAUUCAUUAUUGUAAACCUGUGAUGUGAUGAAUUUUGUGCACUGCAGGGGCCUACACCUAGUACAAAUGAGUUCGAAAAGAACCCCCAAACAAUCGAUUAUUUUUUGGGUGUGGGGUCGAUUGGAGACAUAGAUGUUUUAUUAAUAACAUGGUGUUCAGAUGAAAGCUUACAAGUAUCGAUCUGUUUUGUGUUAGGUGUACAUAAUUAUAUAGGCCCCAUACAAUCUACUUAUAUACUUUUGAGCUCUUUUCAGAGUUUGGAGAAAGAGUAUAGUUUUUAAGUUUUCGUACUGUUUACUCAAAACAAAUUAUGUGCACGAACAUAGUGUACGAGGAAUUUUGCUUUCGUCCUUAAACGUUCCAUUGAAGUGGGUGCACAUUUUUGUCCAAGGUAAACAUCACUUAACAUGUACUGUAUAACGAUUUUAUUAUCAUUGAGGGUCUUACUUCAAAACAUAUAGACCUACAUGUGUAACGACUGUUAUGCUCAUUCAGAGUCUUACUUCUAACAAGAAAAGUCCAAUGCUUAUCGCAUUUCAUGCACUUUUGUAUUCUUACAUAUGUAUCGUCUCUUCACAUGCCCAAAGAGCAACUACCAAUGUAUGCAUGUACGUGUGUACACAGUGAUGUUUUCGAGGGGGCAUAAUGAACGGGUUUAACAUUAUCACCAAGGCUAUUAUUGUAAGAAAUUGAGCAACAUUUCUUUUGCGGAUCCUUGGCCCGAAGGGGAGUACAGGGGCCCUUGAAGUCCAUGAUCAUUUGAAUUUCGUCUAAGUGCAAGAGUAUAAUGGGGAAAUUGGAAUUACAGCUCAUUUUCUUCUUAAAAAGAAUUCCCAUAAUUUGUAUCUACAAUUUUAACCCAAGGAAAAAUUUGUGUUUCCGUUUGUUUUUAUUGAGCUUAAAUUUUCAAAUUUAAUUCGGAAACUCGGUACACAUAUACAGCAGCUAGCUGUUUUAGUUUGAGAAUAAUGUUGAAUGUGUACAACUGUAGGCCUAUUAUGUUUGAACAAUGUUCAUCAGACGGACGCAAAUAAUCCGAAAACGUUGUCAUGUUUGAAAUAUUGCCUCGUUUCCCUAAUCUGAGUGCUUUGUAAACUUAAACUUGGCACACAUGUAGGCCUACAUCAGUUCUUUUCACCGUAGCCAUCUUGUAGGUAUACGAGGUACUUGUAUAGUGUCCAUUAUGAUUGUUACGAAUGUUUAGUAUCAAGAACAAGAUGGCUGCUGUACGGAAAGUGUGAACAUGACACUGUGUAUCAUGUUUGGAUACUGUCUUUGGAUACUGAUUAUAAACCACAUAUUCUGAAAUUCAAAAUGGUUUUAUCAUGUUAAACGCUAUUUGAAAGUCGAGUCAAAUCAAGCGGGUUUUUUUUUACAAAAGGCUACAGUGGAUUUCCUCAUUAUUUGAAGCGUGUGUACAUUUUUAAUUUAUUUUUAAUUUAUUUGAUGUGCGAGUGGAGAAAAUGUUCUUAUUAAACCAGGUCUCUGUCCUUUGCA